UUUGGUAGUGCGAGGCAUCAGUCUGGAGUUAUCUCUCUGGGAGUGUACAUCUCGCGACAAGAACGUUAAUCCCUGGCAGAGAGGAUUAAGCCGACUCUGGAGAUUUAUAGAACACCACUUUGCGAAGAUAUUCCUGAACAGUUUUCCUUGAGACUCUGAAGUGACUUCGGAGUUGUCGCAUGUUGGUGGUGAAAUAUGUACAGUUGGUGAAGUGAGACGAUCCCAAGUUGACUCUGAACAUGUUCAAAACCAAGGUUCUGGCCAAAGCUGUUCUUCAAGGCUUUGCCUUCCUGCACCUCAUAGUUCUACUCACACUUAUAUUGGAGCCCUUUGGGCAUGUCUUGGCAUUAGGGGUCUAUGCUGAAAAUGGUCAGAUCUGUGAAGAUCACAUGGAGAUGAUUCAAGAACUGGAAUAUGAAGACCAGAUCAUUUGCAAGGUUCAGAUGGUUCGAAAGUGUCAAGAUGAGAUCGACCUGUCGGAAGACAUGGAAGAUGCCGAAACUUGUCACACCAUGUACAAAAAAGAGUGCGAGAUCUUCUAUCGGCCCCAUAUGACCAAGGUCAAGGUGAAGGUGUGUCCCAAUGGUGUGGGCAAGCCGGAGAAAUUGGAGCGGAGUCUCGAUGUUCAGGAAAACAAUGAGGUGGACUUCCUGCCCAACAGUGUUGUCAUUGAUGUCCGCCCUGCUCCCAAGAUUGAGAAUGCCACCUCAUCCAGUGAAUGCGUGGACGGGAAACGGGAGGUGUGCGUGAAAAAGUAUGACACCGAGUGCCAUACCAAGAUGAUCAAACACGAGAUGAUGGAGGACCACCCCAAGUGUCAUGUCAAGAUGGUGGAGAAGUGCUCCCCGGGUCCGGGGGAUUCAGGGUGUCACAAGGUACCAGCCAUGAGAUGUCGCAUUGAGCCUCGUAAAGUGACCAAAGCCCAACCUGAGACCAAAUGUGAGCGAGUGGUCCGGGAGUUGUGCCGAUCUGAAGAAUGCGAACAAGCAAAAGCGGGAUCGAUCAGGGGUGACCAAUGCUAUUUCCGAAGCCAAGUGGUGAAUGAGAUCAUUCCCGAGGAGAAAUGCCAUUUCCAACCUCAUCGAAUGUGUCAUCAAAUCCGAGACGAAGACGACGCAGGAAACUGAGCGGAUUCUCUCGAUCGAUUCACAAAAGGUCACCAGUCUUUGACUUUGGGCCUCGCCGUCCAGAAUUACCAUUUUUGCCCGAUCCAGCGACACUGGUCGUUGCGUGGAGGAGCCGGUUGAGAAAUGUGAGAAACAGCGUACCAAUCCAAACCAGUGAUGAAGGAAAUGAAGAAGAAAAUGUGCCGGACGCCGCAAUCGGAUGAGGACCUACUACUUUUGGCACAAACACAACUGGAUCUACCAUCAGUUAUGCCGUGAUGGAUUGCAAUUUUGGGACAAAAGGGACAACAAAUAGUAUUUUCAACCUAAUCAUUCUUUUUUUACGAAUUCAAUCAGCCGAAAGACAAAAUAAAUCUUAGACACUCA